AUCAGCAACGAUCAGAUGACGUAGGCGACCUGGAGCCCAGGUGAUCACUUGAACUUUUCCAUACAGUUUGUUCGCUUAGCUGGUUCUUCCCGAACCUGGACGCUAUUGUGUUUUGUUUCUAAAAGUAACAGAGUGGUCUAACGUCUGGGAAGACAACCGCAAAGUACUAGUGUAUGUUAAGUAAGUGUGUGAUGAUUCUCAUGGCGCUUCUUUGGUAAUCUUCCUGUUGACCAGUGGACAUGUUACGGGUUUAAUUUGUAAAUAAACCAACGUCAAUAGUAAGGUAUUGUCCCAAGCCAGUUGUACCGGUUUGGGCACCUUCUUCCAUUAAACCCUACUCCCCACUCCGUGGAAACCGAGAACGACAACGACUGCGACACUGAGGUCUUACAAACGGAUUACAUCCCCAUAAAGGAAUAUUUUAUACUACCUAUUGACCUCGCCGGACGCAGGUUCCUGUUUGCACACUUGUUCAAAUGCACCAUCAUCGGACCAACGCAUCCAUUUAAUUAAACGGGGGCCAUAGAAAGGUCAAAGCUCUGAAGUCAUUUAAUAUACAAGUUUGCAGCAGAAGUGGAUCUCAUAUUUUGCACGCGGGACACACAAUACUCGGAAGUAUGGCUAUUUUGUCCCUUAAAUAUUUUAUUUAAAGAUAGCAUAGGCUGCGUGUGUGGACCCCAAGAUCAAGAAGAAUAGUCAUGCACAGUCCAUCCCUUGAAGUAGGGGACGGGUACCCUGACGGGUUCGUGGUAACUAAAGAUGCCACUCCCGAGACAACACUGGGCAAUGCCUACUCUCCGGUGGACUAUAUGAGUAUCACCAGCUUCCCCAGGCUGCCGGAGGACGAGGUGAUACAGGGGGACAAUGUUUUCAAAUCUCGCAAAGAUGAUGACAACAUCUUGGGCGAGCAAGAGACUGAGCCAGAUGUGUUUUUGAAGACUGCUCGUCUCCAACGUCUCCCGUCGUCGUCAUCUGAACUGGCCUACCACGACGCCGUGUCCUUGAAGGAGACAACUCAAGACCCGUUUGCGCAAGAUUGUGCUUGCCAGCGGGAUGGACUGACAGUCAUCAUCACAGCUUGUCUCACCUUUGCCACGGGCGUCACUGUUGCACUCAUCAUGCAGAUCUACUUUGGAGACCCUCAGGUCUUUCACCAAGGAGCAGUGGUGACAGAUGUGUCACGGUGUACAUCCCUUGGGUUUGAAGUUUUGGGGAAGCAGGGGUCCAGUGUUGAUGCUGCCAUUACUGCUGCCCUCUGUUUGGGCAUUGUACACCCUCACACCUCAGGUUUAGGAGGAGGGGGAGUUAUGUUGGUACAUGACAUUCGGAAAAAUGAGACAAGGGUCAUUGAUUUCCGAGAAACAGCCCCAGCUGCCAUCCGGGAAGAGUUACUUCAAACAAACCUCGAUCUUAAUCCUGGUCUGCUUGUUGGAGUACCAGGAAUGCUCAGUGGGAUGCAUCAGGCACACCAACUUUAUGGCAAAAUACCAUGGAAGGACGUCGUUACCAUGGCAGCAGACGUGGCCAGAAAUGGCUUUAAUGUCACUCAUGAGUUAGCUGCAGCUCUUGCUAAUGUUAAGGAACAGAACAUUACGAAUGCAUUCCGGGAUUUGUUCCUCCCCAAUGGUGAGCCUCCCCUCUUUGGGUCGUUGAGCAGACGACUGGACUUGGCCAGCUUCUUGGAUGCUGUUGCAGUUAAAGGCAUAUCAGAGUUCUACAGUGGAAACGUAACCCAGGAAAUUGCCUCGAUGGUGCAAGCAAGUGGUGGGGUGUUAACAGAAGAUGACUUUAGUAACUACAGCACAGUCCUUCAGAAACCAGAACACAUAAACUAUCAGGGACACCAUGUGAUGGUGGCUCCAGCGCCUCAUGCAGGUAUUGGCCUGAUUGCAGCACUCAACAUCCUGGAAGGUUACAACAUUACCAACCUGUUGCCCAGGAACAACACACAUCACUGGACUGCAGAGUCUGUAAAAAUAGCUCUGGCCCUGGUGAGUGGGCUCGGGGACCCUAUGUUUGACACAUCAGUCUCAGAGGUGGUGACCAAGAUGUUGAGUAAACAACAAGCAUCAUUGCUCCGCCAAAUGAUCAACGACUCUCAGGCCUUUCCUGCCAGCCAUUACGCACCCUCGUUUAGUUUGGAGGACGGUGGUGCAGCUGCCCAGGUCAUGGUCAUGGGCCCAGAUGACCAUAUUGUCUCAGUUGUAAGCUCCCUAAAUAAACCAUUCGGCAGUCGGAUAGUGACUCCUUCUGGAAUCCUAUUGAACAGCCAAAUAAUGGCCUUCUCUUGGCCUAAUAAAACCCAAAGCUUCACACCUAAUCCUCAUAACACCCUCCACCCUGGGAAAAGGCCAUUGUCUUUCCUGAUGCCAACUGCAGUGAGGCCAUCUAACGGGCUUUGCGGUACAUACGUUGCGGUUGGCUCCUCCAGUGGAGCCAAAGCUCUUAGUGGCAUCACGCAGGUGCUGGUGAAUGUUUUGUCCUCGCGUAAAAACAUGAGUGAUAGUUUGGCAUCUGGUAGAUUGCACCCACAACUGGAGCCCGACACCCUACUUGUAGACUCUGAAUUUCUAGAUGAAGAUGUUGAGAUGCUGAAGGCAAAAGGUCAUAGGAUUGAGAGAAUAGAUGUUUUGUCAUUGGUGGAGGGGACCCGAAGAACUAAUGACCUUAUCGUUGGAGUGACGGACCCCCGUAGUGCUGAUGCCUCAGCCCUCACAAUGUCUAGGACUUAGGCGUAGUCCUAAAACACUGCUACUGAUAAAUUUAAACACUGAACAAAUUGAAUAGCUAUGGACUGUUCCCAGCUAAACAAACUACACGGAUGUGCAGUUUGAGAUGAUUUUACAGCUGUGGCUAGAUAAUUAUUUUAAGGCAACACUAGAAGAGACCAUUGUUGGCACCCCGAUCACCGUUGAAUAUCAUGUGUUCUUCCACACAAUGACAUACAUCAGUGUCUAGUAAGUGGAUACUACAAACCAAAUUGUAUUUAUCCAGUUAGAUUCAGAGCAAUACAUUCCAUCUGAAAUUAAUCGCAGACUGUAGGAAAUCAAUUUGUAAUUUUGCAGACAUGAACAUUUUUGUAAACAGGCUUAUUUGAAACUGCAUGUCUUUCUCUUUCUUGCACAAUGCUCCCCGUCUUUUCCUAUUCUUUUUUUUUUUCCAAGUAUGGGAGCACUUGAGAUGCUAAAGAAGAUAAUUACGUCAAGCUGUUCACAAUUGUUGCACAAUUGGUUAAACACACUAAAUACAACCCUCCCCGGCACUACACUUUUGCUUGUUACAGGGCUGUGAAACACUGGUUAGUUGUUUGACUCAGAAUUAACAGGAGUACUUAAUUCAAACAAGUUACUGUAUGCAGAUGUACCCAUUUUCAGUGGAUGCGACCGAUAUUGUUUUAAAUUAUUUUCGAUUGCAUACUUGAAAUUAGAGUCAACAUCUCUUGUAAAUAUCUUUCAAGUGGUUGCAUGUUACUGUGCAAUGCUGAUAAUUUGGUUUUAAAUUGUGCAAUAUGGCUUUAGUGGUUGUUCUGUAGCAUGCCACACACCCAUUUGAACAAUGUCUAAAUGAUUUUUGUGUGAUUUUAAGUUGUUAUACUGAUAAACAAUCAACCAUUCUGAUAUCAUUGCAUGUGUGUAAUGUACGUUAAGAUAUUUUGCGAGCAUUCUUGAAAAAGUGUGUAUAGUGUGUACAUUGACACAAUAUUAUUUGGUUUAGACGCUUGAUCACUUUGAAAUACCAAUCAUAUAACAAUUAAAUAUUCGUGCAAAAAGCCAAA